AUGACGUCAACCACCCGUACGUUCACCCCUUUGAAGAUAGGGUCCAUCGAGGUCUCUUCGCGCAUAGCAAUGGCGCCACUCACUAGGUAUCGCGCUUCUGCUGAACACAUCCAUCAAGAUCUCGGCAAAACCUAUUACGCCCAGCGCGCUUCUCCCGUCCCUGGAACACUUCUCAUCACAGAAGGUACCAUCAUCUCUGCGAGAGCCGGCAAUCAGCAUAACGUCCCAGGAAUAUACACUCAAGAACAGAUCGACGCAUGGAAAGUCAUUGUUGAUGAAGUACACAAGGCAGGCAGUCACAUCUACCUCCAACUUUGGGCUCUCGGUCGUGCUGCCGAGCCAGAAGUGCUUACGAGAGAGACCGGUCUUUCUCUGAAGAGCAGCUCGGCGGUACCCAUGGAACCAGGCGGCGACAUCCCCGAAGAGCUGUCAGAAGAAGAGAUCCUGGGGCUCAUUGCCGACUUCGGUCGUGCCGCAAGCGCUGCUGUACACCAAGCUGGUUUCGAUGGUGGUUAUCUCAUCGACCAAUUCACGCAGGAUACUUGCAAUCAGCGUAGCGACAAGUGGGGCGGAAGUAUCGAGAAUCGCAGUCGCUUCGCUCUCGCGGUCGCCAGAACCGUUGUUGACGCUGUCGGUAAGGAAAAGGUUGGCCUCAGACUUUCUCCUUGGAGUUCCUUCCAGGGAAUGAAGAUGGAUGACCCAGUCUCGCAAUUCUCUCACCUGAUAACCGAAUUACGUGCUUUCGAGCUUUCCUACCUGCAUCUAGUCGAAUCGAGAAUUGCUGGAUCUACUGAUUGUGAAGACGAAUCGGCUGAUGCCAACAAGUUCGCUAUCGACAUAUGGGGAAACACAUCUCCGAUCCUCCUUGCUGGUGGCUUCAAGCCGGACAGCGCCCGCAAGACUGUGGAUGAAGUAUAUAAGGAUCGCGAUGUAGUCAUCAUGUUCGGUCGGUACUUCAUCAGUAAUCCUGAUCUUGUUUACAGGAUCAAGUCGGGCAUUGAGCUCACCAACUAUGAUCGCUCAAGCUUUUACCUGACUGAAGAUCCUCAUGGCUACACGGACUAUGCCUAUUGUACUGAGUACAACGGCCAGAUUAAAAUUUAG